CCCAUUCGAAAAAAUUUAUUUGGUGAAAGAAAGGAAAGCAGACAUGUACAGAUUAAGCGUGUACUAUGCUUGUAGCACUCUGUGUGACAUGGUGGCACAUGUAUUCUACCCUACAUUUUUCAUGGCCAUUGUGUAUUUCAUGGCUGGCUUCAAGAGAACCGUUCCUUGCUUCUUCCUCACCCUAUUUACAGUUCUUCUGAUUGCUGUUACUAGCCAAGGAGCAGGAGAGCUAUUUGGAGCUGCAGUUUUGAGUGUUAAAAGGGCUGGAAUGAUUGCUUCAUUAGUGUUAAUGUUGUUUCUUCUUACGGGAGGUUAUUAUGUUCAGCACAUACCCAAAUUUAUGCAAUGGAUGAAGUACUUGUCCUUCAUGUAUUAUGGCUUUAGGCUUCUCCUAAAAGUGCAGUACUCUGGAGAAGAAUUAUAUGAAUGUGAGAGCAAAGGGGGCUGCCGGACACUGCAAAGUUCACCUACGUUUGACACGGUGAACCUGAGUGGUGGCCUGCAAGAGGUCUGGAUUUUGCUGUCAAUGGCGCUUGGUUACCGCAUCUUCGCUUACUUUUGCCUCAGAAAGCGGAUCAAUGCCUAAAACUGCAUUUUUCCUCUUCUCAGCCACAGGAUAACUGUCUAUCCAGCUAUGGAGUUAGUGCCAUAUUCAACUGACCCAGAUAUGAAAUCGGCCUGUUCUUCUCUUCCAUGGCAAGAUAUGUUCCGAUCUGCCUCAAUCCGCCGGCCUUCUCCAACCCCAGGUGAGAACAAUGCGUCUCCGCCCCAGCCCCAGCCUCAGGCUCGGAAUUCCAUCGAUCCAGAUAAAAGAUCUACCCUUUCCGGUGACCCUGAGGUGAGGCUUGCUCUGUACAUAGCCAUGGCUCAUGCGGGUCUUGCUCUCUCUAUAUUCAUUAUAUAUGCUGUGUGUAAGCUUCUGCAACAGUAUCUUAGAUCAAUUCAAUGGGCGAUCUUGUGUUCUAUUCCUUUAAGAGGUAUUCAGGAGACCCUUGUGCAUUUCUGGAGUGAACCCUUGAAGUUGGGACUCACCGAGACAAUUCUGGCUGUCCCUGUUGCUGUUUUUAAUGCUUUCAUUAGUACCCUUGGGGAUAUUGAGAUUGUUUUCUUGAGGGUUUUUCUUAAAAAAUCGAAAUUGAACAAACGCAGAAGUGGAUUUUCAAAGUUAGUCCGGUGGCUAGUCUCAUUUGGGGUUUUUGUCAUUGCAUAUGAGAAUAUUGGUGCUAUUGGGUCACUGGUAAUUCUUGGGUUAGGGUUUUUAUUUAGUGCUAAAAAUGUAGAUUCUACAUUGUCUGCUGUUACAUCUUUCAAGGGUACUACUGGUUACAGGAGGAUUGCAAUUAGUGCAAUUUUCACGCGUGGGAUAUUGAAGAGGUUAAAUACCAUUGUGGCAAUUGGGUUGAUAUUUGUUAUGAUUGUGGGGUUUUCUGCUGGAGUUGUAUUCUUUUCGUAUAAGAUUGGUAUUGAGGGAAAAGAUGCAGUGAUCUCAUUGAAAACGCAUGUGGAAGAGAGUAAUUAUGCAGAGAGGAUUGGUGUUAAGAGGUGGAUGGAGGAGAAUGACGUGCCAGGAAUGGUGGAUAGGUACACUACCACAUUCUAUGAAACAGUGUCCACACAGAUUGAUAGUUUGGCAGCACAGUAUAAUAUGACAGAGCUUGUGACAGGGAUUAAGCAUUUUGUCACAACUCCCACAGUGGAUUCAUCAGAGCAAUCAACAGCUUUGAUUAGUCCCUCUCCAUACGCAGAGAAACUUUUGAGUUUGAGAAAGAUGGUGAGUGACCGUGAAUGGGGACAGAUAUAUACAGAACUGGACAUGAUCUUCAGAGAAUUCGUAAUCACCAGGGAGGAUUUGGUUGAGAAGGCUAAAGAGUUUGCUGUAAGAGGGAUGGAUGUUUCACAACAGGUGCUUGCUAGUGGUGCAUCUGUUUUUGGAGUAGGUGCAAAACUCGCAUUCUCCGUAGGAAAUUCGAUCAUCUCUGGGGCAGCUGAGGUUUUCAAUUUUGUGUCUCAGUUGAUGGUAUUCUUCUGGGUUUUGUAUUACCUCAUUACAUCAGAGUCUGGUGGGGUAACUGAACAAGUAAUGUGUAUGCUUCCAAUCUCCAAAUCGGCAAGGAUAAGAUGCAUUGAAGUUCUUGACAAUUCCAUUUCAGGUGUCCUUUUGGCUACAGUUGAGAUUGCAUUUUUCCAGGGCUGUCUUACAUGGCUUUUGUUUAGACUAUACAAAAUACACUUCUUAUACAUGUCAACAGUACUUGCAUACAUCAGUGCUCCAUUGCCUAUCUUUCCACCUUGGUUUGCAACAAUUCCAGCAGCUUUGCAACUGCUGCUAGAAGGAAGAUAUAUACUUGCCAUCAGCUUGUCCAUUAUUCACAUUGUACUUAUGGAUUAUGGAGCAUCUGAAAUUCAGGAGGAUGUACCUGGUUACAAUGCCUAUCUCACAGGGCUUAGCAUCAUUGGUGGAAUGACAUUGUUCCCGUCUGCACUGGAGGGGGCCAUUAUGGGACCAUUGAUCACUACAGUUGUGAUUGCUCUUAAGGAUGUAUAUGCUGAAUUUGUCCUGGAUGAACCAAAGGAAAGUAAAUAGUGGAAUGCUUCCAUCCAUGUGGUGUGGUCAUUGAAUUUUCCAACAAUUUGUUCUCACUGUGGAAUGCUUCUACAACUGUUUUGGGACCUGGUGUGCAUUUGCUUGGAUUCUUUUUUUUUUUUGCCAUCAACAUUAGCUUCGAUUGGUUUAAGCAAAUUACAGAAAUGUUCGGGGUUCAAUGCAUAUAUUAUAUCCAUAGUUUGAUUAUUCACCUUUCAUCAACCGUAAUUCUUGUUUGUAACAAUUUGAUCCCUAGGGUAUUCUUGUUUCUUGUUGUUUGUUUGUUAAAAAAGAAAAAUUGUACAUUUUCCUUGUACCUCAUGUAAGAUUAUGAAUAUAGCAAUUGGGGGCCUAUAUUGUCGCUUGCUAAAUUCGUUUUAUUGACUAAAUGGAUAAUUGUUGC